UUGUACCAAGAAAAGGAAACUAGAAUGUGUACUCCUAUUCAGUGUUGGGAUUGUCUGGACUGUUGUGGACAGAAAGAAAAGAAAGAUAAAGGUAAAGUUAAAGAGAUUAUAAAGGAAGAGACUAUUUCGGAACAAAAAGGGGAAAGUUCUAUUCAGGCACGUAUAGAAGUUCCGUCUAAAAGCCUGGAAGGCAGAUUGGUCGUCGAAAACUACGAGGAAGUUCGAAAUUUAGAUUGUGGUAAUAACGAUAAACUUGAAAGUGUAGAACUUAAAAAUCUACCUAAACUGACCAACUUUUAUGCCAACGGUUGCCGAAUUAAAGACAUCAGAGUGGAAAAUUGUCCUAAUAUAGAAGAUUUUAAUGCAAGUAAUAAUUUGCUUGAAGAUACGAGAUUUUUGAAUGGUUUAAAUCCCGAAAAACUUGAAGCGUUGAGCAUUCACAGUAAUGAUUUUCAGGAACAAGGAUUGGGAUUUUUAAGCAAAUUUAUAAAUGUGAGGAGUUUGUACAUUGAUAAUUGUUCAAAAGAAAAGUUUGAAAAGAAUAUUUAUAAUCAUUCUGGUUUAGAAUAUUUACCUGAAACCGUGAAAAAGAUUCGUUGCAGUAAUGACUUAAAAAAAGAUAUUGGUUGUUCAAGAAUUAAAAAGGAGUUGGAAGAGAUCGCUCAACUUCCUGGAGUAACCGAAAAAUUAGAAGGAAAGGAAAAAGGAGAAGAGUGA